AUGUCAGAAAGCGUAUUAGAGAUUCAUCGGUAUGCACAAGAAGAGCUAGAACGAUUGAGUCAAGCGAUCGUAGAUCGUCAAGUUGCAAGUCCUAAAGCAAUUCGAGAACGGUUAAGAUUGGAGCAUCAAAGCUCGCACUUUAUAAAGCAAAUACGCGAUACAAGUGAAAGAUUACUAAAAAUAUAUGAAACCGGAAAUGAGUUGCGUCAACAGGAAAUAGCUCGCAUCUCUCGCGAUGAGAGUUUAGAUAAUUUCUAUAAAGAAUUGGAUGAAAUUCGUGAUUUUCAUCAUCGAUAUCCCGAUCAUGGAGUAGAAAACUUUGAGCAGUUGUAUGCGAUUAAACCUUCUGAAACUGGUACUGAUGAAAUCGAUACAUUGUUCCGUGGUGAGGAAAUGUAUGGACGAUUUAUGGAUUUGAAUGAGCUAUAUGAAGAGUUUGUCAAUUUAAAAAGUAUUGAGCCAAUUUCUUACUUGGAGUAUUUGUCCAGGCUGGAUGAUUUUAACAUAGUUCCCAAGUCUGAAAAAAACCACUCCUAUGCGACGUAUUUACGCCAUCUUUAUGAAUAUCUCUCUUCAUUUUUUCAAAGGACGCAUCCCCUCAAAGAUAUCAAUCGAAUGGUUUCCAUCUUCCAAACUGAGUUUGAUAUUACCCGGGAAGCUGGACUUCCUGGCCAGACUGUAGGAGAUGGUCAAGCUAAUGGUACUUCUUCUGGUCAAUAUUGCGAAGCAUGUGAGAGAUUCUAUCAAAAGAAAUCCGUUUACGAUGCGCAUCUCCCAUCAAAAAAGCACAAGAAGGCAGUCGAACGCUUAGAGGCUCAAAAGUCUUCCAAUCCCCAAAAUACCACUGUUUCUUUGGCUUCUGGCUCAAUAUCUGGUCGCCCGCAAGAAAUACCUGCUUUGGAAUUUAUAAUUAAAAAGUUACUUGGUGUUUUGGAAGAAGAACGUCAGGCUACUCGAGAAAAUGUGGUUCGUCGUCAAACAUUGACAGCUUCUGAGCGACUCGCUGAGAUCCGAGCAGCAGAACAAGAAGCUAUUGAGGCUUCAGUCAUUGAAUCGAAAUCUCAAAAUAAUGAAGACGAGCAGGGUAGUGAUGAAGAAGGUGAAGAAAAAAUUUACAAUCCAUUAAAGUUACCCAUUGGUUGGGAUGGAAAACCAAUUCCUUUUUGGUUAUGGAAGUUGCACGGACUUGGAAAAGAGUUCCCUUGUGAAGUUUGCGGCAAUUUUGUUUACAUGGGUCGUAAGGCUUUUGAUAAGCAUUUUACGGAACAGCGACAUAUAUACGGCCUUAAAUGCUUGGGAAUCUCUCCUUCUCCCUUAUUUAAUCAAAUUGUCUCUAUUGAUGAAGCUUUGCAAUUAUGGCAAAAAGUCAAGGCAGAAAACCGCAAACAGGAGACAUCCAUGGCUAAUUUGAACGAGAUGGAAGAUGAUGAAGGUAAUGUCAUGUCUGAGAAAGUUUAUAACGAUUUAAGAGCCCAGGGCUUGUUAUAAACUUCAAGGCUCGACUACUCCUUUUAUCUACCUAUAGAAUGGUCGAAACAUGUGUAUAAUAAUAUCUAUAUCUUAUUCACCUUUUUUUUGUUGAUUUCUCUAGAAUAGUAACUUUUAUUCGAGAAUUUUUUUGUUUACGGCUUCAUGGAUAAUGCUUAGCAAGAUGAAACGUCGAAUCUUAGGAAUUCAAACCGUUCAACCUUUUAAAUAACUAAUCUAAGGAAUUUUCUUUUCGUGAUUCCAACUUUCCCACCCAACCCUUCUGUUUCUGAAUACG